UUUCAAACACCAUGGCUUCCGACUCCCGAGGGUGUGACCCGGGAGCCUGCUGGGCAGCCAUUCUCGCCUGUGACUAGCCGCCUGGUUGCGAAAGCAAACAUGCCAAAGUCCAGCUUCAAGCUUCUCUACCUAAUCUCCGUCUAACGAUAGCAGAGAAGCCAAGAUGGCGUAUGGCGAUUGGAAUGGCAACCCAACCACGACUCUCGUCGCCAUUGCCCUGGUUGUGUGCUUUUGCUGGGUCCCGGUCCUUGCCGUUCUCAGCAUUUUUAGGAAAUGCCGAGUUCGUUUUCGUGCCUACUUUGAGGAGCGGGGGUGGGUUGCCCCAGUCCCGGACGAGGAGAAGCGUCUCGCCCGCCAGCAGAAGGCACCCGAAAUUCGCAUGCCCCCGCCCGUUCAUAACCGUAGGAGCCAUCAGAGAUCCUAUUCAGCCCUAACCUACAACUCGGCCGCUAGCAACGAGACGCUGAGGAGGGUAGACACCGCCUCGAGCUGGGAACCCAUUAGGCGUUUUGACUCGGCCUCGAGUUGGGACCCAGUCCGGCGCUUCGAUCCCACGGGGGCUGGUUCACCCCCGUCGAUAGCGCCCUCGAUGGCCAGGAAUAAUUCUCUACGAUCCAACUUCUCUCGGCCCACACAGAGCCGAGAAGCCUCGGUGCGGUCCGUCUCGAGUACAACGACGCUUGCGGUGGCCGGUGUCCAGGGCCGUACUCGAAGGCCAUCCACUUCGAAUGGCCCCCCUGUCUUCUUCCAAACCGAGACUGCCUACUACGACACCACCCCACUACCAACACAGAUGCCGAGCAAUAUCAAGUCUGGCUAUGCCAAGUCUUUUACGGGCAGGUCACACGCCAGCGGGUCGCCCAGCGCUUCAUCGCCGAACCGUCGAGGAACAUCCCUCGAUACGGCAAGGUCACCUACACCGGCGCGAAGUCCGGAGCAGCCUCAAAGGCGGCGGGCUAGGACUAACGAGGAGCCCUGGUGGGAGAAUCGGCCCCAAGAAGCCCAUCCAUUUGGGCCCAUGCCACGGGUGCCUCCGAGAAGAGGGUCACUUAAUGCCACACGGGCCCCGGAGCGUCCUUGUUGGCUGGACAUGCCAUAUGCAAUGUGAAACAAGAAAAUAAAUAAAAUGCCCGGUACAAUUUCUUGCCGUCCGGCCAUCCCACCCCCCCUCCCCCUCUUCUGGGCCCUGAUAUCUGGUA